CGUGCACAUGAGUAUGACCAAGUGGGCAUGAUCACGGGCGGUACCGGCAUCAUGCCGAUAUACGAGAUCCUAGAAUGUGCACUCAAAGACCCAUCGAACAAGACCAAGUUCACGCUCAUCUUCACCAACAUCAGCGAGCGCGACAUCCUGCUCCGUGAAGAGUUUGAUGUGUUGAAGAAGGUGCACCUCGACAUGUUCAACGUCAUCUAUACACUCGACCAGCCCAGAUCAAACUGGAAAGGUACAUCGUGUCUUGCGGAUGGAUGCAUGCAAGGAUUUGUGAACCGGAAGAUGAUCAAGCAGAACAUUGCUCUCAUGACACUCAGCAAUAAGGUCAAAGUCUCCAUCUGCGGCCUGCCUGGGCAGGUGAGCACGCUCACAGGAAAGAAAGAUGGGAUGAAGCAGGGCACGUUGAGUGGAAUUUUGAAGGAUCUCAGGUACACCAAGGAUCAGGUG